CCAGAUCAGUGUCUGUUUCGGUGUCAAGCCAUCCCCCAUUGCGCUGCUAGGUGCACACCAGCCUCGCGAUAGCCUCGCCUACUACCAGAAUCAAAGCUCCGCUCGCGAACUGGAUGCUGACAGGCGCGCGGUGCGGUCAUCAUGCAAAGGUUACAUUGGAUCCGUUUCAAGAAGCCGUUCCUCCGCAGGACUCGCACGGGUCACAAAAUGCGAGACGUCUAGCGAGAGUAACAACAACAAAAGCGGACUAACUCGCGUUUACUGGGCCUGUUUGACGGCGGCAGGUGUCAAACGAUGGACGCAAGUUUAGGAUUUUCGCGACAGGCAACGUGUACGCUGGCUCCUCUCGGCGGUAAAGUGGCUUCAUGAGUGUCCAAAGUAACAGUGGAAGUGGUGGUGGAAGUUUGGAGGCGACGCCAUCUUGGUCGCAGCUCUCCUCGUCCCCAACGAUUUCUCAACAACAUAUAACGGCGACCGCAAAGAGCAAGGAAGGCCCCAUGGAUGAGCUGCACAGCCUGGACCCCAGGAGACAGGAGCUGCUGGAGGCCAGGUUUACAGGAGCUGUCAGUGGCAACACAGGAGGCAGCACCGGCAGCACCAGUGGAGGUGCUAAGGGUCUGGCCAAUGAAUCGUCAAACCACAGCUAUGGAAGUCUGGGCUCAUCCAGCGACAAGGAGUCAGAGAGCUCUGAUUUGAAAAGAGGGAGCUCCCCUGCCUACUCAACCCCAGAGAAGAAGCACUCUGAGUCGUCCAGGGGGAGGAAGAGGAAAGCUGAUACCUAUUCUGAGAGCAGUCAAGGGAAGACGUCACGUGGACCGAAAAUCAGUGACUAUUUUGACUUUCAGGGUGGAAAUGGUUCCAGUCCAGUUAGAGGCCUCCCAUCGGCUCGCCGCUCACCACAGAGCUCUCACUCUGCUCCAGGCUCAAUCAUCCGCCAAAACAGCUCCUCUCCCACCAGUCUGUGUUUCGGGGACCACAACCCUAAAGCCUCCUUAACCAAAUUUGUGCAGACGGAGCUCACGGGUCUGAAACUUGCUGCCCUGGAGAGCAACAAGAGCCUGGAUCUGGAAAAGAAAGAAGGACGAAUAGAUGACCUCCUCAGGGCUAAUUGUGACCUACGGAGACAGAUCGAUGAACAGCAGAAACUUCUAGAGAAAUACAAGGAGAGGCUCAACAAGUGCACCACAAUGAGCAAGAAACUGCUCAUAGAGAAGAGCACACAGGAGAAGCAGUCUUGUCGCGAGAAGAGCAUGCAAGAUCGCCUCCGUCUCGGUCACUUCACCACCGUCAGACAUGGCGCGUCCUACACGGAGCAGUGGACUGAUGGAUAUGCAUUCCAGAACUUGAUCAAGCAGCAGGAGAGCAUCAACCAGCAGAGGGAGGACAUAGAGCGCCAGAGGAAGCUGCUCGCAAAGAGGAAGCCCCCGAAUCCCGCAUCUCCCUCCAUGUCUGUGGCCUCCACAUCGGAACCCAAACAGCGAAAAACGAAGGUGGUCAACGGCAACGAUUCUGACCCCUUCCUGAAGCCGUCCCUGCCUCAGCUACUGACCUUGGCUGAGUACCACGAGCAGGAAGAAAUCUUCAAACUUCGCCUUGGACACCUGAAAAAGGAGGAAGCUGAGAUCCAGGCCGAGCUGGAGCGACUAGAGCGGGUCAGGAACCUCCACAUCAGAGAGCUGAAGAGGAUAAACAAUGAGGACAGCUCAGCUUUUAAAGACCAUCCGACUCUGAAUGAGAGGUACCUGCUGCUGCACUUGCUGGGCAGGGGUGGCUUCAGUGAAGUCUAUAAGGCUUUUGACCUGUUUGAGCAGCGCUACGCCGCUGUUAAAAUCCACCAGCUCAACAAGAACUGGAGGGAGGAGAAAAAAGAGAACUACCACAAGCAUGCAUGCAGAGAGUACCGGAUACACAAGCAGCUGGACCAUCCCAGAAUAGUCAAACUGUACGACUAUUUCUCCCUGGAUACUGACACGUUCUGUACAGUCCUCGAGUUCUGCGAAGGAAAUGAUCUGGACUUCUACCUGAAGCAGAACAAGCUGAUGUCGGAGAAAGAGGCACGCUCCAUUGUCAUGCAGAUUGUCAGCGCACUGCGCUACCUCAACGAAAUCAAACCUCCCAUUAUCCACUAUGACCUCAAACCAGGUAACAUCUUAUUGGUGGAUGGUACGGCAUGUGGAGAGAUCAAAAUCACAGACUUUGGUCUUUCUAAGAUCAUGGACGAUGACAACUACGGUGUGGACGGGAUGGACCUCACAUCACAGGGGGCUGGCACCUACUGGUACCUUCCUCCAGAGUGUUUUGUUGUGGGGAAAGAACCACCUAAGAUCUCCAACAAGGUGGAUGUCUGGUCUGUGGGAGUGAUCUUCUUCCAAUGCCUCUAUGGACGCAAGCCGUUUGGUCACAAUCAGUCGCAGCAGGACAUCCUCCAGGAGAACACCAUUCUCAAAGCCACAGAAGUCCAGUUUCCAGCAAAACCACAGGCCAGCACAGAAGCCAAGGCGUUUAUCCGCCGCUGUCUGGCCUAUCGGAAGGAGGACCGGUUCGACGUUCACCAGCUGUGCUCGGACUCCUACCUCCUCCCUCACAUGAGACGUUCGAACUCCUCCGGCUCCCUGCAGUCCUCCACCUCCUCUCUUCCUACCUACUGACUCACAACACUGACGGGACCCUCAGGUCAAUCUCAAAGCUGGAUUUUUGGAUUCAGAGAAUCGUAGAUGUGGAUAUUUUUGUUUUUUUUCCCCCCAAAAGAGGAUAAAUGGACAGUAUAAAAAGUGUUUUUUGGAGUUGUGCCCUGGAACUUGAUUGCAUGACAGAGAGGUCAAAAUAUUAAAAAAAGGAAAAAAAGAUGAAUGGCAGAAGAGAAGGGGAAUGGGACAAAAUAAAAGGCACAGCGUUGUUUGGAGUAAGAAAGAGUGAAGAAAGUAAAGCAACCGGAUUUGGGCCGAAAAUAACCCCUUAGGAGAGAUUAGCAGUAUUAGACCUCCUUGAUUCACUGUCCAAACCCACUCCACGUUUGUCAUAAUACACCUAAAGAGGCGACUAAGAACUAUGUCAACGUAAAACCACCAUUACAGGCUCAGUGCUUUCAAGGACUCAGCAGUGAUGAGGACUCGUAAUUAUCUGAAAAGAUAUCCACUACAUGCAAUUCAUUUCAGCGGCACAAAACAAUGGUUGCUUCUGUUCGAACUUACUCUGCACGUGAGAGGGAUUCAUUUUACGAUGAUGUAACCUUAAUGGGACUUGGUUAGAUUUGCACAUCCAAUCCAGGUCAUGUCCAUCUGGUCUCAGUACCACAGUGUGGCCUCGAAAGCAUUUCAGCUUUGCAGACAGUGGAUCUAACUUUGUCUUUUUUGUUUCUUCUUCUUUCUGUUCAGGUAAGAGUCAGAAGCUCUGAGAACAGUGUGUUGGCGUUGGACUUUUAAUUAGAAAAUUUACUGUUUUGCAAAAACCUGUCAUCGGGUUGCAGAAUUAAUUGUACAUUUCAUGUUCAGGAGACAUUAACCAUUAUAAUAAUGAGGCUUUCCCUUGCUUCGUAGUGUCUCAGUUUGCUCCAUCUUAUUUGUUUCCUCCCUGCAAGCCAUUCUGUUUGCUGCUAUAAAUGUUGCUUUUAGUUUGUAACGUGAAAGACUUUCCACCUCAGAUUUGCAUACUUGAACUGUGUAAAGAGGACUUCUCCACAGCCUGUCUCCUGUUUGAGGGAAUGCAGUUCGGCAUCUUUCUGUAAUCAACUUCUCAACAUCAACAUCUACUUGGACUUUUUUUUUUUUUUUUUUUUAUAGUGGAAAAGCCUGAUAAACAUUGUAAAGAGUCCCGUCAUGCUUUCGUUGGUGCCUGCAGAAGUGGGGCACGCUCCAGGUUUGCUGAGUUGCUGCAUAAUUAACUUCUGGAACUCAUGUGAAUAUAUCCAAAUGUUGUCAUCCUGUAAAUAAAAUACUUAACCCGUA